UUUUACUUCCUUGUUGAGAAAUUCGUGUACGUGUAAUCGGAAUAAUGAGUAAUGGAAAUAAUAAAAACGCAUGUGCCUCUCAUCAAGUGGGCAACUUUUAUCUAGAGAAAAAUAAUUAUCCAUUAGCAACAUGUAGUAAUACAGGUUAUGAUUAUUUCAACGAUACUCAAAAACAAUGCAGCGCGGUAUUAGUGAAGUCUACUGACGCCACUCAUAAAGAUACACAAUUUUCUCUUGAUGGCAGUGUUAUAGAAGAAAUAGGCAUCAUAAACAAGAAAAGAAAUGCUACCAUUGAAUUAUCGAAUGAAAAACGACUGCGAAGAAACAGUAGUGACAAUUCUUCAGUAGAACAAGAUGAAUCUGACGAAAAUUGUAACGUUAUGGAUAACGCAAAUAGAAUAUGUACAUCAUCUGAUGAUAUGAAGACAAUAAGAAAAUCUUUACAAACGUUACAGGAAAAUGUUUGUUAUAUAAAAGCAAGUGUCGACAGACUUGAAAGAAAAUUUAACUUACAAACUGAUUUCCGAACAGCUAUAAAUGAAAUAGGGUUACCGAUAUCGAACAGGCAGGCUUACAUGGCGAUAGAUGCAGACAAAGAAAAAAUAGCUGCAAUACAGGGAUAUAUGCAAUCUUUGGGAGGAAUUAAUUUACGCGACACCCUUAACGAAUUUAUGAAAGCAACAUUCACUGAUGAAUUCGUUGCGAAAAACCUUACAUGGAGGCGAGGAAAAGCAGAAAAAUUACAUUUCAGGGAGUCUGCGAUAAGUGUGGCCUUUUAUGGAGCUACCAAAAAUAUAGCGAGUCUCGUCGAUGUUACUUUAAAAAAAUAUUCGGAAGAAAUAAAAAUAGCGAUAAAAAACGCCUCUCAACGGCAUUACAUGAUAACAAUUGGACGUCCACCGAGAGUUAAGGAUUCAAUUGAAAAAGAAAGGGCAAUCCUGGCUAGAUACGAACGCUAA